AUGCCGUCCGCAACCAUGCCGCCCAAGGUGAAUAUCAAGGUCACGAUGACAGAGCGCGUAUUUCCUCAAAGUUCAACGCAGAAUGAGCAGGCAAUCCCACUGUCGCUACUGGAUGCGACUACCGCCAAUUUUGCUCUUACAAAUGCUAUAUGGCUCUUCGAGCCUCUCAAUGAGAAGGAUGUGGUCAACGUCGCUGUGCAUCUCCGCCAAACACUUAGCACUGCGCUUGCUUCGUAUCCUCAAUGGGCCGGCCAGCUCAAGUCGAUUGCUGUCGUCGACGAUGCGUCGGUUCCCGCUGAAGCAAAAGAGUUUCCAGCUCAUGCCCGUCGCUUUGGUCGUGUGUACGCGCACUUUGGGGCCUCCGCAGACGUCGGUGUGGAGUUCAUCUCAGCAACAAGCUCUGCUACGACGGACUCACUCUACCGGACAGAGCGUGUCAAGACUCGGCCACUUUGGGAUCGCAAAGACGACAAUAUCGGUGGAUUUGUGCCUGCUGUCGACAUUGCGCAUGCUCUACAACCAAACGAGCCCGAUGCCGCGACGGGAUUGCGCAAGCCGAUUAUGGCUAUCCAAUGCACCACCUUGUCAGAUGGUGGUUUUGUCCUCGCUGCUAAAACGGCGCAUCCUUUCGCCGACAUCACAGGUCUUAUCCGCUUCGUCAAGGACUGGGCAAGUGUGAGUAGUGCCGUCAUCAAGGGCCUGGCCGUCCCAGUCCUGACUCCCGUCUUUGAGCCGGCGCGUCUGGACAGCCUUGCUGCAGGAGACAUCAACGCUGAGGAGCCGGACCCGGCCAUUAUCAGACGAACGGAACGUUUGCCCUUGCACAGGUACGAUUGGUGGGCUGCGCCGGGAAAGCCUCCCGCGCCAUUCCUCGAUGCGGCCAAACUGCUAUCACCAGCAGGCAAGCCUAUGCCAUGGGCUGAGUGGGAUCUCAAGGCGCCUGUUUCCGACUAUACCAUUCAUCUUACCACCACGCAGGUCGAUUUCCUCUUGAACGAAGCUACCAAGGGUGCUGACGGCCAUGGCCCGAGAAUCAGCAAGCAUGAUGCCGUAUUGGCACACAUUUGGUCUUGCGUUGUGCGUGCACGUCAACUCGGGAAGGACAACGGCUCUGUCCAUUGCAAUCUCGUACUUGGCGUUCGAUCCGUUUUCAAGCUGGGUGAAUACUUUUUGGGCUCUCCAAUCAUCAUGAUGAAUGUUGAGCUGCCGGGCUCGGAGGUUGGCUACGAACAAUCCAGUACCGCUACCGUAGCCAUGGGUCCCAUCGCCCGAAAGAUUCGGCAUACCAUCUCUACUGUCAGCGACCCAGCAAACCUCGCAGAUCAUCUUCACAGCGCUGCAUAUGAGAAGUCUCCUCAGCGUAUAUGGCAGGCAUUCCUUGGCCGGCGCCAUAUCCUGGUGACAACCUGGGCGCGCGCCGGCAUCUACGACGUCGACUUUGGUCUUGGCUCGCGCAUACGAUAUGCAUACGGCAUCGUGCCCAACUUGGACGGCGACAUUCUCAUCAAAGAAGCACCCCCAUCUUCUGGAGAGUUCUUGUCUGCAUCUCGGCCGUCUUGGACCGACAGCGGGGUGGAUAUUUCGAUCCAUAUUUGCACCGAGGAUAUGGAGCGAUUGCUCAUGGAUCCUUUGUUACUACCGUGUCUUGAUUAG